AUGCCAGAGCUUGAAUCUAGUCUUAAAAAGCGUCUGUUUGGACAACAUUUAGUUAAUAUGGUGGUGCCAAAAUCUUUAAAAGCACAUACUGGCAAAAGUAGUCCUAAAAAAGCACUAGUAAUGGCAUUUCAUGGUUGGACUGGAAGUGGAAAGAAUUAUGUUAGCAAAAUGAUAGCUGAAAAUUUGUACAAACUGGGCAGUAAAAGUUCAUUUGUUCACUGGUACAUUGCUACUCAUGAUUUUCCUCAUGCUUCUGAAAAAGAGGAAUACCGUGAAAAACUUCGAAAGGAAAUACCUGAAUUCACAAAAAGAUGUGGGCAAUCUUUGUUUAUUUUUGAUGAAGUUGAUAAGAUGGUUCCUGGUGUAAUAGAUGUUUUAGCUCCAUUUUUAGACUUUUAUGAAACUGUAGAUGGAGUAGAUUAUCGCAAGAACAUCUUUAUAUUUUUAAGCAAUGCUGGUGGAAGUGAAAUUACCCGAAUAGCUUUCAAUUUUUGGUUGGAUGGCAGAGACCGAACAGAAAUUACACUCAAAGAUAUAGAACCAUUAAUCAAUAUUGGGGCAUUUAAUGAAGAAGGUGGACUCAAGGGUAAUAAAAUUAUUGAGAAAAAUCUCAUUGAUGUUUAUGUUCCUUUUUUACCCUUGGAGAAGUCUCAUGUUUUAGAGUGCAUCAAAAAAGAACUUAUUGAACGGGGGCAACCUGUAAAUGAUGUAAUAGCAUCUGAAGUUGCAAAAGAGAUUGUUUAUUACCCAACUGAGUUUCAACUUUUUUCAUCAUCUGGUUGUAAAAAGAUUUCACAUAAAGUUGAUUUAUUUGGCAUGCCAUAACAUCAAAUUAUCAUCAUGAAAUUUAUUUGAAAAAUGUUGAAUGCAAAAAUGUAAAUACCUGUACAAAAUGUUUUGUUCAUAUAACUUUAUAUUUUAAUGUUUUACACUUUUGGUAAUAAAUUAUC